AUGCACUCGGCCAAUGGCUACCAAGCGACCAGGCUCCAAGUCAUUUCAACCGAGGAUGGCGGCCCCCCGACGGUCAUCUACGGUAGCGCGAGCACUGUUAAGGACGUAUGGGCAGAGUAUCGGCACGGCAUCGACGGCCAGCCUUCCAUACAGUCUCUUGAUGCUGCUUGGGGCCCACGCUGGCGACCAGAGCCGCGAGGCCGGACGUGGUACAGCCGUCGCAAGAUCAUCUGGGACAAGAUCAAGGAGCUCAUCUACGACGGCCUCAGCGAGGAAGCCGCCGUGGCCGAGAUUGAGGGUCUGCGCGGUGGAAGGAGCAUGAAUUGGCUCAUGAACAUCCUGCAGAAUGACCGAAAGGAGGUCAAGGCUUCCUGGAGAGCCGCGGCCGCUGCAGCCACUGCUGCCAAGGAGACGAACGGCGCGGUGCUGACACAAGCCAAUGAGCAGGCCUCUUGA